GUUUGCCGACGUCACCGGAGCGCUGAGCAGCGCGUGAAAAGUGGGAUUUGAGGGAGGGAGCAUGCGGGGAGCGCGAGAGAAGAACGCUGCCAUGCAAAGCGUCGCUUGACAGCGUCUUCUUCACUUCCACCUGCGUUCGUCUCGUAAGGAUUGUGGAUUUCAUCUAAAAUCGCGUCCUACUUCGAUGCAUGCUUGCUUUACCAAAUAGACGGAGCCCCGCGAAGGAUGCUGCACACGGAGGAUCGUUGUUUGACAUGCACUGACAUUUAAAAUAAGCCUUCUGAACUGUGCACAUCUCGUGCUCUUCGACUCCUGAGUGCACAGCGUGAUUAAACGCGUGCUUUUAAUUGGAGCGUAAUCACCGUAGGCUGCUCUGACACAUUUCUAAACGUUUGUUAUGGGGGUCAACGCAGGAACCCGAGGCGGAGGGAUUUGAUUGCAACCUCUAUCACGUGUUUACGCUUAUAUAUCGUAUAUGCAUCAUCGUUUACGCUCGCUGAUCAGCUGUUAGGCUUGUGAAACUGCGGCGCGCGCGGGUUGUUGUGCGUGGUGCUGAAAGGACAGCUCCCUCCACAGCGGAUCAUAUGGAUCAAUAUUAAGGGUCUGGCAGUGUCGCUCUCGGGCUUUAAUGGCUGUGGCACGCAAGAUCAAAACUCUGCUGACGGUCAACAUUCUGGUGUUCGUCGGGAUCAUCUUGUUCUCCGUCUACUGCAGGAUCCAGGACCGAUCCGAAGAGCUCGUGCAGGUCGGGAGGCUCUCGGAUCAGAGACUGCGAGGCAGGAAUGCCAAAGUUACGAACUCCAUGGACAGACAGUCCAUUCUCAAAAGGCUCGAGCGACUAGAAGAUGUGGUCUAUAACCAGUUAAAUGGUCUAGCUAAGCCCAUGGGUCUGGUGGAGGGUCCUGGAGGUCUGGGAGAGGGUGGUGCUGCGGCCACGCUUGGGGGGGACAGCCGAGAGAGUGAAGGAAGGUACGAGGAGUACGGCUACAACGCCCAGCUGAGUGACCGCAUCUCCUUGGACAGGAACAUUCCGGACUACAGGCCAAAAAAGUGUAAGCAGCUGACCUACCCUGAUGACCUUCCCCAGAUCUCUGUCGUCUUCAUCUUUGUGAAUGAAGCUCUGUCUGUCAUCCUGCGGUCUGUACACAGCGUGGUCAACCAUACCCCGGCACACCUGCUCAAAGAAAUCAUACUGGUGGACGACAACAGUGACAGCGUGGAGCUGAAGUUCAAUCUGGAUCAUUACGUGAACAAGCGAUAUCCCGGCCUGGUGAAGAUCGUGAGGAACAGUAAGAGAGAGGGACUCAUACGGGCCAGGAUUCACGGCUGGAACGCAGCCACUGCUCCUGUUGUGGGCUUCUUUGACGCCCACGUGGAGUUCAACACAGGCUGGGCUGAGCCUAUCCUCACCAGAGUGAAAGAAGAUCACACUAGGAUAAUCCUCCCUGCCAUAGAUAAUAUCAAGUACAACACCUUUGAGGUGCAGCAAUACGCUAAUGCAGCUCAUGGCUACAACUGGGGCCUCUGGUGCAUGUACAUUAUCCCACCACAGGAUUGGCUGGACAGAGGCGAUGAGACUGCCCCCAUCAGGACACCUGCAAUGAUUGGCUGCUCCUUUGUGGUGGAUCGUGAGUAUUUUGGAGAAAUCGGACUGCUUGACCCGGGCAUGGAGGUUUACGGAGGAGAAAACAUUGAACUUGGUAUGAGGGUAUGGCAGUGUGGCGGCAGUAUGGAGGUUCUCCCGUGUGCCCGAGUAGCUCACAUCGAACGCACAAAGAAACCGUACAACAACGACAUUGACUACUAUGCCAAGCGGAACGCACUGCGGGCAGCAGAAGUUUGGAUGGAUGAGUUCAAGUCCCACGUCUACAUGGCCUGGAAUAUCCCCAUGAAUAACCCAGGAGUGGAUUUUGGAGACGUGUCAGAGCGUGUUGCGCUGAGGAAGAAAAUGAACUGCAGGAGCUUUCGCUGGUACCUUGAGCAUGUCUAUCCCGAGAUGAGAAUUUACAAUAAUACCAUCACUUAUGGAGAGGUGAGAAACAGUAAAGCCAGUGGAUAUUGCCUUGAUCAGGGGUCAGAGGAGGAUGACAGGGCUAUUCUCUACCCAUGUCAUGGCAUGUCAUCGCAGCUGGCGAGGUACACAACUGAGGGCUUAUUGCAGUUAGGACCCCUGGGGUCGACUACGUUUCUGCCUGACACAAAAUGCCUGGUGGAUGAUGGAAGAGGAAGGACUCCAAGCUUGAAAAAAUGUGAUGUUGUCACCAGGUCCUCCCAGAGGCUCUGGGAUUUUACUCAGAAUGGACCCAUCAUAAGUCGAGACACGGGACGCUGUUUGGAGGUUGAAAUGUCAAAAGAUGCGAACUUUGGCCUGCGGCUGGUCGUCCAGCGCUGCUCAGGGCAGAAAUGGAUGAUUCGGAACUGGAUAAAACACCCCAGACACUAAUGAACAUCCAACCUGAAAAAUAACCUCCCUGAGCUGGAGAGCAGCCAUAGACACAAACCCUGAGUCUGGGGUUGAGACAGACGAGAAGAACUUCUUUCGGAGUGAAACGCUUUCGAUAUAGACGUCUAAAGAUGAAAUAUUAUCUUUGGACGCAUUUACUGUUGAGUGAGCGGAUAAAGCAGAAGGCCGUCAUCACGGGGGAAAGACUUGCUCAUUGCAAGUCCUCUGUACAGAGUGGAAUUCUGAUGAGCUGUCUUGGUGAAAUAUCGAGAGAAAUAUUCAAAAGAGUUGCCGAUAAACAAAGAGAGAGGAAGCGAAAAGUUGCAAACUCCUCUGAGCAAAGUCUCAAGUUUUACUUCUUAUCAAUUGCCAUAUCAACACUUAUUUCUUCAGGCUGUGAAUUGCUUUGGAUAAUUGAAUAUCCACGUUGAAACUUAUAAUGGGUAUCCCAAGUGCUACAAAACAGAGGGGAAAAAAGAAAGUAGUAUAGACUUUAAUCUGACAAAAUAGUUUCAGCUCUUUUAGCUAUCAAGUUUUUUCUUUCCUUGAUUUACAGACUUAAUUGCUAAUGCACAACAAAACCAUGUGUUCACUCAAGAACUCAUGUGCCUUUCUCCAUCCUUAUGCCAUCAGACCAGGGAAUGUUCCUCCCUAAGCAUGUACAAAAUAUUUGAUUUUAAAUUAAUUAAGAUAUGAAUAUAAUGUUAAGGUCUUGUUGUAGAAAAACGUUGUAAAAUACUCAAAACAUGAUAAUCCAGGAAGAUCGAAACAAUAAAAACAAGUUUUCUUUUCUUUUGUACA